CAGCACGCUCCUCACAGACGGUUCCAGGCUGAGGGUGUAAGGAAGGCUCUGAUCUGGGGCGCUGAGGGGACUCCCCAGAACUCUGGGGUGGUUUCCGCGUAGCUGAGCCCUGGCCUUUCCCCUAGGUUCCCGGUUGAACCAGUUUGCAGUGAUGACCCUGUCCGGCCUGUCCUGGCUGGGCCCGGGGCCGCCAUCCUGCUGGUCGGGGCUUCCUGGCUUCUGGCCCGAAUCCUGGCUCGGAUCUACGCCUACUACAAGUUCCGGUGUCACCUGCGAUGCUUUCCGCAGCCUCUCCGGGAGAGCUGGUUUUGGGGUCACAUGCAUGUGGCACAGAACAACGAGGAGGGCAUGAGACUGAUGGAGGACCUGGGCCACAGGUGCCAGGACGUCCACCUCUGGUGGGUCGGGCCCAUCUUCCCGAUCCUGAGGCUCGUCCACCCCAAGUUCGUCGCCCCCCUGCUCCAGGCCCCAGCUGCGGUGGCACCCAAGGACAUGAUCUUCUACAGCUUCCUGAAGCCCUGGCUGGGGGAUGGGCUCCUGCUGAGUGCUGGUGACAAGUGGAGCCGCCACCGUCGCAUGCUGACGCCUGCCUUCCACUUUGACAUCCUGAAGCCCUAUGUGAAGAUCUUCAACCAGAGUGUGGACAUCAUGCACGCCAAGUGGAAGCACCUAGCCUCAGAGGGCAGCGCCCGCCUGGACAUGUUUGAGCACAUCAGCCUGAUGACCCUAGACAGUCUGCAGAAAUGCGUGUUCAGCUUUGAAAGCAACUGUCAGGAGCAUCCCAGUGACUACAUCGCCGCCAUCUUGGAGCUCAGCUCCCUGGUCGUCAGACGGCAACGCCAGCCCCUUCAGUACUGGGACCUCCUGUACCGCCUCACCUCCGCCGGGCAGCGGUUCCGCCGGGCCUGCGACCUGGUGCACGGUUUCACAGACGCUGUCAUCCGGGAGCGGCGGUGUGCUCUCGCCCGCCAGGGUGCGCAUGAUUUCCUGGAGGCCAAGGCCAAGGCCAAGACCCUGGACUUCAUUGACAUCCUCCUGCUGGCCAAGGACAAAGACGCAAAGGAGCUGUCAGAUGAGGACAUACGGGCAGAGGCCGACACCUUCAUGUUCGAGGGCCACGACACCACGGCCAGUGGUCUCUCCUGGGUCCUGUACAACCUGGCCAAGCACCCAGAAUACCAGGAGCGCUGCCGGCAGGAGGUGCAGGAGGUCCUGAGGGGCCGAGAGUCCGAGGAGGUUGAAUGGGAUGACCUGGCCCAGCUGCCCUUCUUGACCAUGUGUCUCAAGGAGAGUCUACGCCUGCACCCCCCGGUCGUAGGCAUCGCCCGCUCCUGUGCCCAGGACGUUGUGCUCCCGGAUGACCGGGUCAUCCCCAAAGGAGCCAUCUGCAUUAUAAGUAUCUUUGGGAUUCAUCACAACCCUUCGGUCUGGCCGGACCCUGAGGUCUAUGACCCCUUCCGCUUCGACCCAGAAAACUCCCAGAAGAGGUCACCUCUGGCUUUUAUUCCCUUCUCGGUGGGGUCCAGGAACUGCAUCGGGCAGACCUUCGCCAUGGCCGAGAUGAAGGUGGCGCUGGCGAUGACCCUGCUGCGCUUCCGCGUGCUGCCGGAUGCCGCAGAGCCGCGCAGGAAGCCGGAGCUGAUCCUGCGCGCGGAGGGCGGGCUGUGGCUGCGGGUGGAGCCGCUGAGCGCGCGUGCGCAGUGAGCCCCUGAUGACCCCGCCCCCUCGCCUUUGCAGAUUUAGAAAUAAACUGUGCGUGGUCUCCUG